UCCUGUCAAAGUGGCACCAGUUGCGCCCUCUGCUCGCUCAUUCUCCCGAUUUGUUUACGUGCGUGUGUUCCAAAAGUUGUGAAAGAAUUAAAUGCUUCCCGUGCCGUCGUAGCUAGGGAUCCGGUCCACAGUCGGUGGUUCCUAACUCCUGGAUGUUUUGUUGCUGGUCUGACGCGGAGGACUCCGGAAAAGGCGUUGACUGGUGUUUUGUUAGGUCCGAUGGCAGCCAUCAGGAAGAAGCUGGUGAUUGUGGGCGACGGCGCCUGCGGCAAGACCUGCCUCCUCAUCGUCUUCAGCAAGGACCAGUUCCCCGAGGUGUACGUGCCCACCGUGUUCGAGAACUAUGUGGCCGACAUCGAGGUGGACGGCAAGCAGGUGGAGCUCGCGCUGUGGGACACGGCCGGCCAGGAGGACUACGACCGGCUGCGGCCGCUGUCCUACCCCGACACCGACGUCAUCCUCAUGUGCUUCUCGGUCGACUCGCCCGACUCGCUCGAGAACAUCCCCGAGAAGUGGACGCCCGAGGUGAAGCACUUCUGCCCCAACGUGCCCAUCAUCCUCGUCGGCAACAAGAAGGACCUGCGCAACGACCCCAACACCAUCAACGAGCUCAAGAAGAUGAAGCAGGAGCCGGUCAAGCCGCAGGACGGGCGCGCCAUGGCCGAGAAGAUCAACGCCUUCGCCUACCUGGAGUGCUCCGCCAAGAGCAAGGAGGGCGUGAGGGAGGUGUUCGAGAACGCCACGCGCGCGGCCUUACAAGUCAAGAAGAAGAAGAAGCACCGCUGCGCCCUGCUGUGAGGGGGCUGCCGCCUGCCGCCUGACUCGGCACAAAUAUUCUAUAUUAUUAUAUUGUAAUGUUAUUUUUUUUGAAUUGAAUUAUUUGUAUCAGUUGUGGUGCAUAAGUAUAACGUUAACUUUAUUCAAGUGUAAAGUUGAUGGCUGUAAUUAGUUUCCUCUUUCCCAAACAAAAUUCGACUAAUUUUUAGACAGACAACUCUCUAGGCGAUGUGUGCGAGUUGCCUAUCUUUGUAAUAGCUUUAACUUUUCCAUAAUAUUGUAUCUUACAAGUAAAAAUAAAUUGUUUUCUUAUAUAA